GAUUACGAAGAAGAUACUGAAGGUACAAGCCUGGCUGUUGAAUCAAAGAGUGUCACGACAGAUAAUGUUAUAGCAGAUAAAUCCAAUUUUGACAUAGAAUUGAAUCCGUUCUUGUUUAAUGAUACUAGCUUUAAUCAAGCACGCUGUAAUAUAGCAUUGUCCUUGGCAGCUGAUCUAGAAUCUGAGAAUGAUGAAAAUGAGUAUCUUGUUCAGAGUAAUAUUGAUGCCAAUAUGAAACUUAAUAAACAAUUGUCAGCUUGUCCAGUUCUGGAUAUUAUCGAUAGCGAUAUUAAAUGUUGUGGAAGUUAUUCACAGGUACAAAGACUGCUUGCACAACUUGUCGAAGUAUGGGAAAUAGAUUCUGAGAUUUUUUAA